CCGCUGAGCUCCACGCGCAGCAGCGCCCGUGACACAGGAGGAGUCCUCAGCAGCAGUAAACACAAAUUGUUGCCACACCGAGAGUAACGCAGCUAACGGCAACACGAGCAAAGAGUGAUGUGCUUGUCAUAGUGGAACACUAUAGCUGAACCCCCUCCCUGUCCUGUUGCCGUUCCCCCUGAAGACCUCCACUACCACCACCACCUCCUUUCUCGUCCUCCAUCUCCUCUUCCUCCCCCCAGCCGCCCCUGUGAUGCCUCCCUCGUGCUGUGGCUGCCUGUCACAGUACACUCAUCAUCAUCUGGUUGCCUUCCUCCUCACCUUCUUUAGCUAUGUGUUGCUACAUGCGUCCAGGAAGACGUUCAGCAAUGUGAAAGUCAGCAUCUCAGCCCAGUGGACGCCGUCUGUCCAGAAUGGUAGCGCAGCAGCUUACUCUCCUGGCGAGACAUGGGAGGACAAUCGUCUGUUUGCAGAUGAGAGGCAGGCCACUCUGUUCCUGGGAGCCCUGGACUCCAUCUUCCUCUUCUCAUAUGCAGUGGGUCUGUAUCUCAGUGGUGUGAUCGGGGACAGAGUGAACCUGCGCUACGUGCUCUGUUUCGGCCUGUGUGGCUCUGCUGCAGUGGAGUUUGUGUUUGGCACUCUCACUGAAUGGCUCCACAUCUACAACAUCUAUCUGUACUGUGGGCUGUGGGUGCUGAACGGCCUGCUGCAGUCAGCCGUCUGGCCCUGCGUGGUUGCCGUCAUGGGCAACUGGUUCGGCAAGACGGGUCGUGGCUUUGUGUUUGGCCUGUGGAGUGCUUGUGCCUCUGUAGGCAACAUCCUGGGGGCUUUUCUGGCUUCUAGUGUGCUCAAGUAUGGAUAUGAGUAUGCCUUCCUGGUGACCUCAGUGGUGCAGUUUGCUGGUGGGGUGGUGGUGUUCUUCGGCUUGCUUACCUCCCCAAAAGAAGUCGGUUUGAGCUUGGAGUCAGAGACUGGAUUGAGUCCAGUGGAGACGGACACAGACAGCCACAGGCCUCUGAUGAGUGACGAGGAGGAUGAGGUGGAGGGUGAGGUGUACGGGAGAACACACCAUUCCGUUCAGCAGCCGGACGAACCUCUGGACGAAACUCCUCGAGCCAUCGGCUUCUGCCAGGCUUUCUGUCUGCCUGGAGUGCUACCUUAUUCACUGGCCUAUGCGUGUCUGAAGCUGGUCAACUACUCCUUCUUCUUCUGGCUUCCUUUCUACCUGAGCAACAACUACCACUGGAAGGAGGCUGAGGCCGACCGCCUGUCUGUGUGGUAUGAUGUCGGAGGAAUCAUCGGAGGGACAGUUCAGGGUUUGAUUUCUGACUUCAUGGGAAAGAGAGCUCCAGUGUUGGCCCUUAGUCUGCUUCUGGCGAUGGGAUCCCUGGUGGGAUACAGCCACUCACCUAAUGACCAGGUGAUAAACGCCGUGCUGUUGGCUAUAACUGGUUUCUUCAUUGGCGGUCCAUCGAAUAUGAUAAGCUCCGCCAUAUCUGCUGACCUGGGGAGACAGGAGGCUCUGAGGGGCAGUCAGGAGGCUCUGGCCACUGUCACUGGUAUAGUGGAUGGAACUGGGAGUAUUGGAGCUGCUGGAGGACAGUACCUGGUGUCCCUUAUUAAGAGCAAGCUGGGCUGGAUGUGUGUGUUCAACUUCUUCGUGGUCAUGACAGGGGGCAGCAUUGUGUUCAUCACGCCCUUGCUCUUCAAAGAGGUGUGUGCCAUGUGGAGAGACAGACAAGCGCUGCGGCGCCAGCUGUGAAAGUGUCAACAUCUGCCAGCGGUAAUGAUCCUACUCUCUCAGUGACAACAGAGCUGCUCACAAACGGUACCUUUUAGGUGAGUUUUGGGAGGUUGAAAGAUUUGUGGGAUGAUGUUUCUCACAGAGUUCGAGAGUUAAACUCCCACAAUGACCACUGUUUGUCUAUAAACACCAAUGUAAGCAGUUAGAGAGUCUUGGAGCACAAUGCUGAAGUUUUAUCCACUGCCUAAAAGAUAAAAAAAAAUGUAGAUGUACACUUUUUUAGUGUGAGGAUUUAGAGGUUGAGCUGAAGUGCCUGAUUGAAAAAGGCUUUAAAAGGGACCUCGCUCUCCAGUCUGUGAUUUGAGGCCUUGCAGGGCCAUCACAGAAUGUACCACUGUAUAUAUUUUAGGAUUGAAAUGGAUGUUAAAUGUAAUUUUUUAAAAAAUGUAAAUGCAUCUUAAAUCUAGUUGAAUGAAUUUUGGCCUUUUAAAUCAGAGAAGUUUUUAACUUCUUAACUUAAAGAUCAGGCCCUCUGAGACAAUUUGGGGGUUGGGAUUGCCUGAAGAAUGUGAAUAAUAACUAAUCUAGAAAUUUAUUGUCAGCAUUUGUAGAUAUGUAUGAUAGUCUUAUUGUUUUUGGUCAAGAUAAUGAAUAUUGCACUGUAGUAUAGUAAUCAAAUUGAAUAUUUUAGUUAGCACUCAGAUCUUAGCUGGGUUUUGGGAAACUUUCACCUUUCAGCCACUUGAUUUCCCUUAUGUACAGUUUUGUGUAAGAAGGGUUGGAAACUAUAAUACUGUAUGUGGGGACUGGUUCUCUCAAUGCUGUAUAUAUGUGUCAAUCAUCGACCGGUAUCUGCUCAUUCCUUUUUAAAAUUUAAGUGUCUUAAGUCACACACUAUCGCUGUGGAAACCUACACAAACAAAAACUGACUGACACAUGAUGAGAAAAUCUA